CCAUGGGCCCGGGGUUCGGGCUGCGAUCCGUGCCGUGCCCGGGCGUGCGGACGGUGGUGGAAAAGUAAGAAACAAAAUGAAACCUUUCCAAAAGGUCUGUCUUUUCAAGAGCCUGCUUGCCAAUUGCUGCUGUCACAGCCAACUUGACAGCUGUCUUCUCCCUCUGGUUGCAAAGAAGAUAGGCUGCGUGGUGGGACUGCACAACCAUGGAUUUUGGAGGCCAAAGCCUUUAUUGGACACAGCUAGAUUCACUCUGUCUUUUAACAGUCGGCACAGGAAAAACCAUCGGGAUUCUCAAGCUUUAUGGAAGCAUGAGGCUGUACAGAAGUAUCUGGAGACUCUAAGCAAGGAAUACCAGCAGGUUAGUCAUCAGUUAAAUGCAGACUCAUUAAAUGACUUUGAGCAAAGAGCCCUGAGGAGAAGAUGUGCCGAUCUGUCCCCUAUUGCAGCUGCAUUUCAAGAAAUCAAAGAGGCUGAAAGAGAAGUUCAGGAGUUAGAAGCAAUGUGCACAGAGCUUGACAGCAGAGAUGAGAAACAACUUCUAGAGCUUGCCUUAGAAGAGAAGGAAAGCCUGGAUAAAAAAAUGAACUUGUUGUGCAGAAAGCUUUUCCAGCUUCUAGUGCCAAAGGAAAAAUAUGAUAGAAGUCCUGUCAUAUUAGAAGUGACAGCUGGCAGAACAACUGGAGGUCAGCAAAGCCCCUACAGGGACAUCUGCCAGCAGUUCACUAAAGAGAUGUUUGAGAUGUACCAGAACUACGCUGACUACAAACGUUGGACCUUUGACAUCGUGAACUAUACACCGGCUGAGAUAGGAGGCUUGCAUCAUGCUGCUGCUCAUAUUUCAGGAGAGAAUGUCUACAGGCAUCUGAAAUACGAAGGAGGGACUCACCGAGUCCAGCGAAUCCCUGAGACAGGCAUGUCGUCAAGAAUGCAGCGUAUUCACACUGGGACAAUGUCAGUCAUUGUCCUCCCUCAGCCAGAGGAGGUUGAUGUUAAAGUGGAUCCCAAGGAUUUGCGUAUAGAUACAUUCAGAGCCAGAGGAGCAGGAGGGCAACAUGUUAACAAAACUGAUAGUGCUGUGAGGAUUGUGCACCUUCCCACAGGACUGGCAGUUGAGUGCCAGCAGGAGCGGUCGCAGCAGAUGAACAAGGAAAUAGCUCUGCGGACACUGAGAGCUAAGCUCUACCAGCAGGUCAUUGAAAAGCAGCUCAGUCAGGAGCAGAGCGCCAGGAAACUGCAGUUAGGAACAAGAGCCCAGUCAGAGAGAAUUCGUACUUACAACUUCACCCAGGACAGAGUCACUGACCACAGGAUCUCCUAUGAUGCACGCAAUAUCAAGGAAAUUCUAAGUGGGAAAGAAGCACUGGAUAAGCUAAUCAACAGACUACUGGAGUUUGCAGAGAUAGAGGCUGUCACCCAAUAUCUAGAAAAUUUGCAGGCUUUAGAAGGAGGAGGCUGAAGACCUCAGGUAGAAUUAGAAGAGAAUUGUUGUGUUUGGUAGCCAAAUAAAACAGAUAUGUUUGUCAGAUUAUGAUGUUGAUUAAAACCUAUUUCUCUGUUUUUCA